AGACACAUCGCCGUCAAUGAGUACGACGGCCGCGGAGGAGGACGAGGCGCCGGUGCAGGGGCCUUUGCCCGCCGAGCCUGACGACGCGCCCUGGAAGCGAAACAGUGGCAUAAGGAAGUUAUUCUGGCUGGCGCUGACGUCACGUUCUGAAGGUCGCCGCUCACCACCUCCGAGGAUCUCUUUCGGCCCUUGGAACUGAUAUGUGGAAUGCAGUUUUCGCAAGCUCUUUGCUGAGUCUGAUAUCACCGUGGGCGGGUUCUCGCGGCGCCCGGGCCCGUACGGCAAGGGCGCCGCGCACGCCGGCCCCGCCUCCGCCCCCGCGUAGACACUCCCACCCCGCGACCGCGCACCACGCACACUCGCCACAGACCGCGCCGCUCACCACACACCGGCGCUUCUCCGACACGCGGCACACCAAACCGGGGCUCGACCUCCGCCAGGAGCUGCUCCAGCUAAACCUGAGCACCCGCGACGUCGACAAAUGGCUGGGCAGCAAGUUCGACGAGAAGGAAGAGGACUACGAAGUCGACUUCAGAUUCGCCCACGACAUUCCGCUCCAGAGGACCAUCUCUUUAGACCGCGGCAUUGACAUUUUCAACUACUUGCAAACUCUUUCGGAAUCAUCAGAUAGCGAUAGCGAUGCGGUCUCGUUCUGGACGAUAGGUUCCGACGACGGCUCGGGCUUACGGUUCGAACAGCACAGGAGUUUCGAUGAUAUCCCAGCUUCUCCGUAUAAAGCGAAAAGCAGGCAUGUAUCUGUCGAUGUUACGAGUACUAUGCUCGGUAACAGUUUGGCGUUUUCGGUCUUGAAGGAGAGCUACAAGGGCUUGGACGCCGAAAGUGGAAGGGUCACUCCGCAUAUCAGGAAGUUGCAGAAGACAUUCUCGUUUAAAAGUUUCGACGAGUACAGGGAGUCCGUGAAGAGUUCCGCUGAGAAUUUGGCGAGAGUUGACACCGAAGUUGAUUUAGGAGGAAUUGAGAUGAGACACCCGGCACAUGUGUGCAGAAGCAUAUCUUAUGAGUCCGAGAGUGAAAAUAAAAGUCCACGACAACGAAGAUUUGGCGUAACAUCAAACGCGUGGCAAGUUAAUUCUUCAAAACAGGAAAAUACAAGUUUCUUGCCAAAACCGAAUUUGAUCCAUUUCAAAAGUUGUGAUGACGUGUUCCUUCAAGAUGAAAAACAUUCUCGUCUUAGGUCUGUUGAAGCUAUUGAUAGAGUUUCGAAGGUCACGUUUUUCGAAGAUAAAAAAGAUAAAAUAUGUCAAAGCGAUGCUUUAAGAAACAUUCGUAAACUAAGAAGGAACUUACUUUUGCGUUCUAAAUCUGAAUUGGGUCUACCCAAAAUUGUUGUAACCGAAGUUGAUAGUUCUAAUGAAAUUGAUGUUGCGAAUAUUGAAAAGGAUACUAUAUUAAGAGAAACUUCCAAUUUAGUAGAAAUAGGUAGAAAUUGUGAUUGUAGUAUUUGUAGCGGUAACGAAGGGGAACAGAAAGAGUCGUUUUUGAGCAGGAAUUUGAAUAGGUUAUUCGUGAGAUUAGUCUCAUACAAAGAGUACGGUAGAAAGUUGGCAUUUUGGGAUGAAAAUAAUAACUUAAACGAAAAUGAAAUGUUUAGUUGCUUUAUACAUAUUUUGAAAUUGCUGCUCGGUCUUUGGUUGCGGCACUUGGAUCAUAAGCAGCAUAAUUUGUGUGCUUAGAUAUUUUUCUUGUUUUAGUUGUAGGUAAGUUACAAGGAUUUAUCUACAAUUGUAUUUAAUGUUUUCGAAAUGGUGUUCUUGGUUUAAGUGUCAAUUUUUAAGUACUACCGACAUUGUUUGUGAUUUGUAUCAGCUCUAUAAUUUUAAAUAUCAAAACAAUCACAUUAAAAUAAUGCAAAUUCAUACACAAUAUUAUUUUAUUUUAUUUUCUAACAUAAAGUUUUUUUUUUGGUUACAAAAUGGUUUUACGAUAUCAGACAGGUACAUAGGGAAGUGUCAAGUGACCAAUACAAUUAUUGUUACAUAUUAUGAUAAGGCUGUGUAUGUGUGAAAAUCAUGUAUUAUGAACUGUGUGCUAAAGGCAUAUAAUCGCUAGUAUGUAAUAUAGAACGUAACUUACAAUGUAAGCGUAUUUAUUUAUGGUGGAAUAAUUGAAUAUACUGAAAAAUUUCUUGAAAAAAUCGACCAGGUGCCUCAGAUAGACGUUAUCUUUGCCUUUAUAUCGCAUAGACUGUUAGCCCAGAUUUUUUCAUAUUAUGAGUUCGGCGUGCAGUUCUAAAACUGGUAGAUAGGUACACAGUUUAAACUGCACGUAGAAUGGGCAGUCGAUUAUCGGCAGUUGCGAUGCAGUUGUGUCAACUGCACUAACGGCCGAAAUUAAAAACCAAUCUAUCUGUAAUGCGUCGAUAAGUUGCUGAGCAACGUUGUUAUUUGUCAAAAAAUGAAUGGUCUUUGACAAGUAACAAUGUUGCCAAAACUUAUUGACAGAUUACAGAUAGAUUAGUAAUUAAUUUCGACCGCAAAACUUCACUAAGACCGCCUGAAACCCUAAUGUAGCUCCAUCUCCACUUUUUCAACUUGAAAACUAGUCUCUGUUGAAGAUUACAUUGGUGUUGAGAUGUUGAUAAGAUGUGAGUAUUGUAACACUGUAACUAUUAUUUAAAAAGCUAACCGGUGGAUUUUAUUCAUUAGACGUGUAAACUGUAUUAAACCAAAUAGAUUUUCGCCGAACAUCUAUUUCGAUUUCGAUAAAUUCUGAUAUUAUAUGUUUUUCUGUCCCUGUGCUCUAACACAUAAAUCACAUGGCAAUCACAAGAUUAUAAGAAAAGCGUGUUAUUAUUGACUUUUAGCUCUUGUGAGUUUAAAGCAAAGGAAGCUAUUAGCCAUAAGAGGGAUUGCAUAUAUCGCCUAGAGUUUGGUAAAAGUGGAACAGGGGGUCUAGUACAAAAAUUAUAAUGAUCGCAUUACGAUAGUCGCAAUUAUAAUUGACUGAAUUCGAGUUAGUCUUAUCAAACUAGGCAUUUCAACCAAUGGCAGAGAGUGUCUAAUCCUUGGAUGUCAGUUGAAAAUGAUUGCGAUCGUCAUACCUAAUAGCUGUCAAAAGUCAAAAUCAUUUAUUCAAAGUAGGUACAAUUGUACUCCUUUUGAUGGUCGAAAUUGUUAAAUUUGUUGCUAGGCCCUCUGAUGUUGGUGAUAGUCUAAAUUCGGAAUAAAAAGUUUAGGUACAUAUAUAUAUUACAUUGUGUGGCGUCAUAUAUGUGUCAGUUUUCUGUAUAUGUUAGAAUUGUGUGUUAAAAAAUUGGUUUAUUUAAAUUGGUAUAAUUGGUAUUGGAGUAUUCUUAUACUUAGCAUGUUUUAUGAUUAAAGUUAUGAUAUAUUAUUAUAAGUAUUAACAUAAAUAAAAGGAAAUUGGGCAAUUAUUUUGUUAAUAUGUUUCACUCUUGAGUGCUACCGAGUACGCCCCAUACAAACGAAGUUUGACUCUUAUAUUAAUUUUAACCUAUUAAACUCAAUAAAAUUUUGUUGACACGCUCUAGAAAAUAAUAUCUGUGUCUGGUUUGUUAGAUUUUCGUAAAACUAUGGAGUUUCAAAGUUACACAGGUUCAAAGAUUUAUAUAAAUCCUUUGGCCUGUGAAACGCAUAUAUUUUUAUGGAAAUUUGGCAAACCAGAGACAUUGUCUAGAGCGUGUCUAGAAAAUUCCAUUGACUGACUGGUUAUUAAAACGAGUAUCUGCCAAGAAGAAGAAUAAACUUAAUUUGUAUGGAGCGCGCUCCAAAGGCUCUUAAGCAUCGUGCAUAUUCUUUUCGGAGCUGGUGAAUAAAAAAAAUCCUGUUAAUCAAAGAUAAACUUCCAACUCAAAAUGUAUACGUAACAUAUUUGCAUUCAUAAUUAUAACUUUAUUUGCAAAUAUUAUUAUUUACAUCGUUUCAUAUUAAAAAUGUUUACAUUCUUUACUAUGCGGUUCAAAUAGGAACGUCGGCAAUACAACUCCGUAACUCGCAUACAUGUUAGUAUAGUAACAUCAGCAAAAAAAUAUGUGAAAUAAAUUUAAAUACAAGUGUGACAGAUAUUCGACUUAAUUGAGAGUAGAUGUUCACAUUGUUCACAUUUGAAACGCAUAGAACUUGUAGUGAAAAAAAAAAAAAUCUAGCAGUUUUUCCAACAAUGCAUGUCUAGAAAGUGUAAACUCUAUAAAACGAAAACUGCGUAUUAAAACGUAAAAUUGAACUAUUAAUUAUCCGUAGUAAAAACUUUGCCUGCUCCAAUAAAAUAUGCAUGUGCUAUUCCAUGCAUAUUUGCAUGCUAAAUAACGUGUGAAGUACGUUUACUUACAAUGUUUCAAUGACUGUCUUUACAGAUGGCUAACUUUGGCAUCCAAAUGUACCUUUAAAAGGUUCACAAGAAUGAACAACUUCGACUACUAAAUGUCAUAAGUUUAAAAAUUUAUGUAGUUAUUAUCCAUCAUCUUUACUAAGGGACUUGAUAUAGCAAGUGUACACUCAUCAGGCUCAGUUCACGACAGUUAGGGAACUUCUGACAAAACGUCGGGGCUUCGAUAUCACUGGUAGGCGUCAAAUGUUAGUACAUUAAACGCAGGUAGCCUUAAAGUAGCCCUAUUUUUCUUUGAAUUUACGUCAGCAUAGCCUAAUAUUUUGACAUAUGAUCGAUUCAGGGUCGAACCGAGAGUUCUCUCACUGUAGUUCAGUCUGCUACAGGCCCGGUUUACGGCACCUGUUCCACCGCCGACAAGGAAGCGAAUAGCUACUGCCUAUUUUCUCGCUCAAGAAACGUGCAAUCGAUGUAUAAUUUCCAUGUCAAAUAUAUCAAUAGUUGAUCGCUGACUGCUCACUAUUAGCGGGAAUUCUCUCUCAACUUGUUUGUCGCAGCAACAAGAGCUAUCAAAUAAAUAACUCGCUUAGCGAUGCUUUUAUUCAGCGGUCAAAAUACUCACGCAGUUUACGCUGGGAUUAAUUCAGUCUCUGCUGCCUACCUGAGCGACAGGCGCUUGAAAUCGCUACUCGUACACUCGCUCAUAGCCUACCGACAAAACUAUCUUAACUAUACACUCGUAUGUCGUUGCUCGCAAACUCGUUUCUAAUUUUUAGCUUGACCCGCUCUCGUUAAUCGUCAGUGGUCGGACAAGUGCCUAAAUAUAUGGGUUCAAUGAUGCGUAUAAUCGCAGUGCAUUCACGCAACGGACAAAGUACGAAGUCAAAUCAAGAUCAACCCAUCUCCGGCUCACUACUGAGCACGGGUCUCCUCUCAGAAUGAGAAGUGGUUUGGUUAGUCUACCACGCUAACCAAGUGCGGAUUGCAUUCAUGCAUCUUGUACUCUUGCUAUAUCAUUCCCCUAAAAUAAAUAUAGGCCACUUUUCACAAUUCUACAACAAAAGUCAUUUUAAUACUUAUUACUUGUUUUACAACAAUUUAAUUAUUACUAAUAUCUAAACACUACUGUCUUUUAUGUAACUAUUCAUGUUAUUAUUUGCCCGCUAGAAUUUUUUUUGUAACUAAUGUGGUUAUAAUUUUAAUAAUAUGUCGCAUUACUGAUUUUAUUAUUUAACCUACCAUUAAAUAAAAAUCAAUGAUAUUACAGAAGCAGUCCAAACCAAAUAACUAUGUUACUUAAAUUAGUAUAUUCCACUCAUGGCCUAAGUGAAUUAUUUUCUACUUUACUUAUUCAAAUAAUACGAUAACAGAACCAUAAUCAUGUUAGAAAUUUAGAAUAUUAUCAAAUACCGAUUCCUUAAAAAAAGUUUUACAAAUUGUUGAUUUUUUUUUUAAUCUUCGACAAUAUAAUGUUAUGAAAUAGAUAUUAUAAUCACAAUUUGCUAGGACUUAAAGACUUAGAUCGAUUUCAUAGAUUAGUAAAAAUAAAAUCAAGUAAGUAGCAGAAAACGAUUCAAUUAAUACCUACUAAUAAUAAUAGUUAACUGGACUAGACCCGUUCCGUAGAACUAACAGUUUUGUGAUAUGUAACAUUUUUGAUCGAAAGUUUACACUUUCUUAAUAGAUUAGACCAACCAAUGUCUCGACCGUUUUAUUACGUGCCUCAAUAACUAACGGUCCUUUUCACAUAUUCAAUGUAGUACAUAUUUUACCUGUAUUGUAUCGUUGUAUACUUAGGUUGAUAAUAAUUAUAAUGUGAGCUUUGCUCGCUAGCGUAAGAAAACUAUAAUCAUUCCUUAGAGCUUCUUUCAUAGACAGGUGCAACGCCAUUUUCUGUACAUUGAAACUAAAAUAAUUACUCAAAUGAAUUGUAGUGGUACAGCCGGGGUACGGGCCGGGUGGGCAGCCGGGUACUCGAUUCGGUAAGUUAUCGUUCUUCGAUUCGAUAACUUACCGAAUCGAGUGUUCUGAAUCGCCCGGCAGGUCGGUUAACAAGAGCUGAACGUUCACAGUACUCACACAAACGCAAUUUUAUGAUGCAGCAUGUUAAAAAAAAUAGAUUUGUAUUAUUUUAAAACGAGGUUGUGCCAAAACUGUAUAGGCGUGCUGCGGGUCGCAAUUUGAGGUAAAUAUCAUUUUUACGUUAUAAAUGACCUAUUUCUGUAAAUCCUUGUAAUGUAAAUGUAAUGUAAUUUUAAAUCCUUCAUAAAAGGAUUAUUUCCAUCACUGUGAUGCAUAAAGUAGCUAAACAGAUUAUACACUGUUUCACGAGAUCAUUCUUAAUAUUUUGAGAUACAAUUUUUUCAAAAUUUAAAAAAUCUUUCAAAAUUAACAAUAUUAUCGGUUGACUGACGGAUGGUUUUAUAAAGAAAAAAAAAAUUACUCUGUAUUUUAUAAUCGUAGUAAAAAAAAAACAACUUUUUCUGUCACGAACAUAAACUGGCCGCGUGUGAGAGACAGACUUUGAAUGAAUGAAUGAUUUAUUUAUUCAAUAGAAUGUAAUGUUUAAUUAUUUCAAUAGAAUAAUAUGUUUAAAUAAUGUCAGCCUUAUACAUUUUACCACUGUAACUGUGUGUGUAACUUUCAUGACACUUGCGCUUAUUCAUAGAUACUUCACAACCGCAAUAUGUGAACGUGCUGUACGUACCAGCUCUGGUUAACAUGGCUGUAAGAGCCUACGUUGUUUCUGCAAUGGCGAUGACUUGACUAUGAAACUAGCGUUAAUUAAAUCACUUAUUAUAAUGACAUAAUCAUCGUUGUCAUUUUGUUUGAAAAUGCUAGUCAGAGUACUAUUGGGUACUAGAUGUAAGAAGAUGUUCAAUAAAUAGAGGAAUAUUAGAUUGAUCUUUUGUGGUACUGAAUACAAUUAAUUUUCAAGAAAACUGUGUCUUAUUUUCUUUGUCUAUAUUAGAUAUCGUUUCGAAAUAUAUGUAGUUUUUAAUGUGGUACAGAUGCUACAAGUUGUUUUACUUUAAGUAGAAAUUUUAAUUAUAUAAAAUAGACAUUAAUCUGUUAUUAUCUUUGCACUUAUUUCAUUGCCUAAUUCAAAAUUCAUAAAAAAGUCGUUUGAAAUCGUGCAGUUACCUGGCACUGUUAUUUUUUUUGUUCCAAAAAACAAAGGUAAUGAAAUUAUGCUCAGGAGUUUUUCAAAUUAUUUAAACUGCAGGGUUAGUAAUUAGUACAACAGGCGCAAGGAGGAAAUCGCGUGGAUUUUAUCGACUUGCUUCUACAAAUCUUACCUCAACUGCGCGAGUUUUUUUUUUCUGAUUUUGCACUCCCCUUAUAGAGUAACUUUGACUUGUAAAUUUUUUAGAAACAGUAAGAUCGUAAUAUUCCACUAUUUACCAAGAAUGUAGUAAAUCUAUCACAUUUUGGGUUUUCGGGAUCACAAUACAAUUUUUGUAAACUUUUUGUUAACACACUUAAUUUUCCCAUUGUUCUUUCUUAUGAUAAUCUUGUAGAAUGUUAAAAAUGUAAGACAAUCUAUGGGUAAAAUACAUACCUAAUAUUACCUACGAAAUUUAUAAGUUGACGGUGUCAAAAUAAUUAAAGAUACGUUUAUAAUAAGUUGAAAA